ACAUACUAAUAAUUAAAAAAUUUCUAAUAAUCUUAAAGUAUUUUCUAUAUGUAUGUAGCGAAUAGUGAGUUAAACAUUGAAAAAAGUGGAUAUUGUGGAAAUAUUUGUUAAAGUAGCCUAUACACAUACAUUACUGGACAAAUAAAUGUGCAUAAAAUUAAAUUUACUGAUUAGCAGAGUCUCAAUAGGGUAAACGCCCCAAAAACAUGAAUGGUGAUUUGAUGCAGCAAUUGUAAAUUUCUAUGUCUAACAAUAAAAAUAUAUACUUCGAACAUGUCUUCAGAAAAUCACGAACUAGCCGCUGCCCUCAUAGCCGAAAUGCCAGAAAUGAAAGAGGAAAUUCAAGCCGAACUUGGUUCCUCCCCAGAGAAAGAUGAAAAUUCUGGCAAGAAACCCAAUUUAAACGAGUUGAAGAACUUUCGUAUGCAACGUAAAAGAGAACAUGAAGAGUGUGAUACGGAAGAUCAUGUCGCACCCAUGUCAAACUUAACAAAACAACUUUGUUUGGAGACCCAUACAACCGAAAGAAAGUCCAUCAUUGAGAUUCAUAUUGCCAAUACAGAUACCAAGAAAAAGAUUGACGAUUUAAAAAUAGAGACUUUAUGUCAAUUGAAGGAUAACACACAAGAAAAACUAACAGAGGUUAUGGAUGAAUAUAUUAAAGAAAUUAACAUUAUUAAACGCAGUGAAACAAGUGCUCUGAAAACAAGUGACCAUAUAAAUAUUGAUAUACCCAAUAGUUCUGCUUCUAUACUUGAUAAAAAAUCUGAAAUAAACGUAGAUAAUGACAAUUCGAAUAGAGAGACAACUAUUUCUAACGUUGAAUCAACGCAAAUAAACACUAUAACAGAACAAUCGAUAUAUAACUCUGGAAGUCAUGAUGAAAUAAGUAACAACUCACAAAAUGAUGAAGAUAUUCUCCAAAAUUUGGAAAAACUUACGCCGGAGGAAGAAGAAAAGGAUAAAGAAUAUCGUAAAAGUUGCAAACCGUUUCUGCAACAUUUACCAUGUUUUAAGUUACAAGGCAACACCUCAUCCGCCGUUGCUUCAGAAACUAAUACAAACAAUUCUACGACAGCAAAUGUAAACGCCAUUAAAAUACACAAGUGCAGAGAAUGCCGUAGAAGAACUCCACAACAGGGUUCCAAUGAUGUCUAUUGUCGUUUUUAUGAAUUUCGUUGUCUUCAAUACACAGAGGCUGGCCAGCUCUUAGUUGCAGGUUUUCCCAAUCCGUAUAUUGAUCCCACGCAGGAGGAAAUCAACAUAUGGCGACCUGACGAAAACACUGAACCAACAGCUGGCAACAUGGAUAUACAAGUUUGUCGUUACAUAUUGCUGCAUGUCGGAGAUCAGUUCUGCUAUCUUUGGCGUCAGGAAGCUGAGGCAUUAAAACUUCACGAAAAUACAAAUAGUACGAUCGCAUGGAAGAAAGUUGUUCAAGGUAUUCGAGAAAUUUGUGACGUUUGCGAUACUACCCUCUUCAACUUUCAUUGGACUUGUGAAAAGUGCGGAUUUGGAGUUUGUUUGGACUGCUUUAAAGAUCGCAAAGAAAACAGAACAGUGCGCAAAAUGCAAGCCGGCGAAAAACCUCCCAAAGGAAGAGAUGAUUUCUAUUGGUUAUUAUGUUCUGGAGGUGUAACACAUCAUGCAAAAGAGCUUAUAUUGACCCAAAUUAUAGCUGGAGAUUCAUUGAAUAUUUUGGGCAGACUUUUACAUGACGUGAGGACUCUUUGGGAAAUUCCCCAACUUUGCGGAUGCUUAUUGAGCAAACAAAAAAUGCCUAAUGGUGAUUUGAAGAAUCUAAUACAGGACAUGAUCAAAGAAUCUCAAUUAAAGCAACAGACUAGUGCCUCCUCUCUGGCCACCCAAGAAACCCUAAGAAAACAAGCACGUUUGGAGCAAAUUCACUCCAAAGCUCUGGAAUUUGCUCGUGCCAAAGGCAUUGAUUAUGUACCAGGACGAAUAUUUAACAAACAAACUUUGGGCAAGGACCCCAUCACUACAGCAUUCGAUAAUUUUAAACACAUUAAUUUUCUGCGAAAAGGUCUUGCAGGCUACAGACGCUUCUUGCCACCGAGAGCAAUGAUAUUGACAAAUUCUACUUUGAUAGCUCCAGGUGUUCCCCAUGAAUGGUUGUGCGAUGGUAAAUUAUUACGUUUAACAAAUGCAAAUCACCCUGAUAAUCGCAUACUCUUCCAAGAAGUUUGGAAAUGCGGGCAGCCGGUUAUGAUAUCGGAGGUUGCUAAAUCUCUGAAUUUAGAUCUUUGGCGCCCAGAAGCUUUUUUGAAAGAUUUCGGCGAUAAGCCCAACGAUCUUAUUAAUUGUCUCAAUGGUAAUCUCGUACCCAACCAGCCAAUGCGUCACUUUUGGGAAGGGUUUCAAUGUAUGAAAAAACGUCUUCUUGAUGCUAACGGAAAGCCGAUGUUACUGAAACUAAAAGAUUGGCCGCCUGGCGAUGAUUUUGCUGAAAUACUUCCCACUAGAUAUAAAGAUCUGAUGAAAGGACUUCCUAUGCCAGAAUACACAUUACGCACCGGAAAUCUUAAUAUAGCCAGUUGUUUACCGAAAAUGUUUGUUCCUCCAGAUUUGGGACCGAAAAUGUACAAUGCUUACGGAUCGGCAUUUCAUCCCGAUAAGGGAACUACAAACUUACAUUUAGAUAUCUCUGAUGCUGUCAAUAUAAUGGUAUAUGUUGGAAUACCGGAAGACUCUGACAACAAAUCGCAAAUUUCGGCGUCUUGCAAAGCAAUAGCAAUGGGCGGCUGUGAAUUUUUAACCAGAGCAAGAGUUCAAAAGAAAAAUGUGUUACCAGGAGCAUUAUGGCACAUCUUUCCGGCCCGAGAUGCUGACAAGAUACGUGAUCUAUUAAAUAGGGUCACAUUAGAAAAAGGUUUCCGUCUCGAACCAGAUCAUGAUCCUAUACACGAUCAAAAUUGGUACUUAGAUGACAAAUUGCGUGCAAGACUUUUCAACGAAUAUGGCGUGGAAGGAUAUCCCAUUGUCCAGUGUUUGGGAGAUGCAGUUUUUAUUCCAGCUGGAGCUCCACAUCAAGUACAAAACCUUCACAACUGUAUUAAAGUGGCAGAGGAUUUCGUCUCGCCUGAAAAUAUCACACAUUGUUUCCAUUUAACCCACGAAUUUCGUCGACUCUCACAUUCUCACACCAAUCACGAAGACAAGUUGCAAAUAAAGAACAUAGUCUACCAUGCCAUCAAAGACUGUUGCACCAUCUUGACUAGAGCUUUAGAAAAACGCCUUGAUCAAGAAGUUGAACGCGCCGAAGAAAUUAAAGCCAAACUGCAAAUGAGAGCAGACGAUUCUGCCUAGUUUUCAUUAACUUUUUUAUAUAUAUACAUAUUUGUUUAAAUCUUUUAAAUACACAAAAUUAUUCAAUUUAUUAUGUAUGUACUUUUAUUAAUUGUAUGAAAUACAUUAGAAUCUAUUUGUAAACAUUUUUCA